CGCUCUUGCUGUGCACACGAACAAACAAACAAACUAACAAACAUGUCGAAAGACGAAAUCUCCAUACACAUCCUGAGAAAAGUAGUCGUGGAUGGACUCCUCAUUUUUACCUUGGUGAUAGCGAUCAUCGCAACAGACCAUCUAUGGAACCCCUUCCAACGGGGUUUCUUCUGCGGAGAUGAGACGUUGAUGUACCCUUACAAAGAAGACACUGUCGAUGUCUACAUGCUGAAGAUUGGCGGGAUUGCUAUACCUCUUUUGGCUUUCUUGAUCUGCGAAUGGACACUCCUGCGGAAAGAGCAGUGCGAAGAGAGAUGUCUCGGUGUCCCCAUCCACCCUUGGAUGCGGGGCUUCUACUGCGCCCUGGCUUCCUUCUUCCUCGGCCUCUGCUUCGUCGAGCUGGCCACUAAUAUCAGUAAGAGCACCAUUGGGAGACUCAGGCCACAUUUCUUUGAUAUCUGCCAACCUUCAGUGGACUGCAGCGCCCCCCAGUGGCAGAACCGGUACAUCCUUCCGCACGAGUACACCUGCACCGGAGAGUUCACAAGCAGGUUCCGGAACAUGCGUAUGUCCUUCGUGAGCGGACACUCCUCGUGGGCGACUUAUACUAUGACGUAUUUGGCGCUUUACCUAGAGAAGCGUAUGAUCUGGAAUGGAACGAGGGUAGUCCGCCACACUCUCCAAUUCGGAGCGCUCAUGCUGUGCUGGUUCACGGUCCUAUCCAGGAUCUCAGACAACAGGCACCACUGGAGUGACGUGCUAGCUGGACUCUCCUUGGGUCUUGUUGGAGCUGUAGUUAUGUGGGCCUGGGGCACAGACUUGAUCCAGCCGAAGAAGAACCACAAACACACGGUGGUGCAGUAUGACAUCACUAACACAAACCUCCAUCAAGAGACCUUAGCUGUAUAGCUUGUGAUAAUAGCUUUAGUUAAUCUAUCUAGAUAUACGCAAAUGUAAAAUAAUAGGUUAUAUUCUAACUCAUUCGGCUACGUUUGUAUUUUCAAAGAUUAAAAAAAAGACAAAAUAACAUCAAAUAUUGGUUGGGGCAAUCGACACGGCUAUAGUAAUUAUUUGAAAAGGUUUUGUUGCCAAAGUUGCUUUUCAUUUCGAAAGUUUCAAGGACCAGGGCCAGCAAUAGCUCACAAAACGUGAAUUUGAACCUGAAUUUCAGGCCAAAUCUUACAGUAUUUGGCACCUAGUCCCAUACUUAAGUAGUAUAACUUAGACUUGACAAUGAAUAAUGUUGCCGAAAAGCUUUUUUUAUAAAUAAUUAUAGAAAACAUCCUUUCCAGCUUUCAGCCCUUCAAGACAAUGCAAAAUAAAAAAAAGCCGUUAAAACUGAAAUCUCAUUAAAAAUAACUUAAUUUUGUUCAUCAUUAAUUAACAUUAAAGAGAGCGCGUUUAAUUUAACUAUCAGUUCUAGUCGAGGAGAGCACGUUGCAUCAACGUGUUUGAUAUUUAUUUAUAGAAAUAGAAUAAGAAUAAUAUAAA